AUGACUGAAAAGCAAGUCUCCCAUAUCAUUGUCGAAAGCAUUUACAAUGCUGGAGUAAGAGUGGUAUUUGGCAUACCUGGAGCGAAGAUAGAUACCAUCUUCGAUACUUUGUCGGAUCAUCCAGAGAUCAAGCUGAUUGUUUGUCGCCAUGAACAAAAUGCCGCCAUGAUGGCGGCAGCUCAUGGUCGCAUCACAGGCAUACCAGGUGUCUGUAUCGCAACAUCAGGACCUGGUGCCUCAAAUCUAGCGACUGGGCUAGUGACGGCGACGACCGAAGGUGAUCCCGUUGUGGCACUAAUCGGCUCUGUCCCAAGGAACAUGAAUACACAUAGAACCCAUCAGUCAAUGAAAGCACUAGACAUCCUCGGGCCUACAAGCAAGAUCGCCCUAGGUAUUGAUGUGGAGGAUCAAGCAGCUGAGGUCAUUCUCACAGCGUUCAGACAAGCAGCAACUCCUCCGAAAGGCGCCGCUGUCAUCAAUCUGCCACAGGACGUUUCUAAGCUCAAUAGCAAAAUCUUGGCUUUCCCUCCUGAAGCAUAUCCAGCACCUCGAUGGGGUAUUGCUAAUCACGAGCAGUACGGAAAAGUUUUAGACAUGAUUCAAAAAGCUAAAUCACCCGUUCUCUUCUUGGGCGCCAGAUCCUCAGCACCUAUUGUGGUUUCAGCUGUACGGAAUCUUUUGUCCAAGUUCUCCAUCCCGACCAUUGAAACCUUCCAAGCAGCAGGUGCUGUGUCCAAAGAAUUGGUACACUUGUUCUAUGGACGAGUAGGGCUCUUCAGAAACCAAGCAGGAGACAAGCUUCUCGCGUCUUCGGACCUUAUUCUCGCAGUCGGCUUUGACCCCGUUGAGUAUGACGCCUUCAUCUGGAAUCCAUCCGGUGCUCGAAGGAUAGUGCAUAUCGAUUACCAGCCAUCCGACUACGGCGUGUAUUACCACCCUGUGGCCGAGUUGCUUGGCAGUGUGGCAGAAAACAUCAAUUUCCUGGCUGACAACAUGAAGUCUUUGACACAUGAUAUCUCUAACGACUUUCUUGCGGACCUGAAGAAGCAGUACUACGGAUGGCAGUCCUUGCCCACAACUCAAAGAUUCAACUCAAGCGAUCCGGUCCAUCCCCUCACAUUCAUCACCGAGCUUCAGAAACGUCUUUCGAAGGAUACUACCGUUUGUGUCGAUGUUGGUACAGUCUACAUCUACAUGAUGAGAUAUUUCUUCGCCUACGAGCCUCGACGACUUCUCUGCUCGGACGGACAGCAAACGCUUGGUGUCGGUCUUCCGUUCGCCAUUGCAACUUCACUCACACAAGACCCACCGUGUACUCAAAAAGUUAUCAGCAUGUCUGGAGAUGGUGGCUUCAUGUUCAGCAGUAUGGAACUUGUGACUGCUGUACAACAAAAGUGCAACAUCACUCACUUCAUCUGGAACGACAGCAGCUACAACAUGGUCGAAUUUCAGGAAGAGAUGAAGUAUGGAAGGAGCUCAGGUGUGAAGUUAGGUGGUAUCGACUUCAAGACAUUUGCUCAGAGCUUUGGUGCUCGAGGAUAUAGAGUCGAAAGUGCAGAUCAGCUCAGAGGUGUUAUGGAUGAAGCACUGAGCUUUGAAGGGGUCAGUCUUGUUGAUGUGCGGAUUGACUACAGUGAGGCCGGCUCACUGGCGCAGAAUGUGAUUCAGGAUGAAUGGAAUUAG